GCCGCCAUGGACACGAGUCGCGUGCAGCCCAUCAAGCUGGCCAGGGUCACCAAGGUGUUGGGCCGGACCGGCUCUCAGGGGCAGUGCACUCAGGUGCGCGUGGAGUUCAUGGACGACACCAGCCGCUCCAUCAUCCGCAACGUGAAGGGGCCGGUGCGCGAGGGCGACGUUCUGACCCUGCUGGAGUCGGAGCGCGAGGCCCGGCGGCUGCGCUAGCGGGACCGGGGCCGCCCCUCUGCCGUAUCGUCUGUCAGGGGAUGGAUCCUGGCACCUCGCUCGGCCGUGGGGCGCGGAUGGGGAGGGGCGUGGCGGCCGUGUCGCUGCAAUAAAGGGUUUUUCCAGUA